CAGGAGCAAGCGUGACAGUCUCCGAAUGACGUCAGCGGCAGAACAACAACAAAGCCGCGAGCAGCUGUCGCUGAGUGCACGCGCUCGCUGGGAGGAGCGCGAGCUCAGUCAGGGAGCGCGAUGGCGGAGAGAGAGAAGCAGGAGGCUACAGGAACCCGGCGGCCCUCAUCAAUCACCCCGCCGCCGACAUGCUGCCGAAAAACGCUGAUGAACUGGAAAAGGCCGGUGAAGACUUGCGCCACCUUUGCAGCGACGAACGUCGUGUUCUGGUUUGUGUCCUUUAGUCCAUUCCGAGUGGUUUGUCUUCUCUGCUUGUGUCUGCUUCUAUUGCUGCUGGUACAGUUGCUGAGGGACAUGGCACUUUCCAAGUCAAGAGGAUCCAGUUUAUGGCGAAGUAUGACAGGCAGCAGCUGGGAGCUGGUGGACUCGGGUCAGGAGAGCAGGUCUGGAGCCGAAGCUCAGCUUACGGACUGCUGGCUGAGCAUCAAGCUGUUCCUUGAGGAGACGUCUUCUUUCAAACAGCAGAAUCCAGGGAAGUUUUGUCUUCUGGUAUGCAGCUUGUGUUUUUUCCUGGCCAUACUGGGCAAGUACAUUCCAGGAGUUGUUGUUUCAUAUAUUAUAGUGCUAGGCAUUUUCCUGUGGCCUAUAGUGUCGUCACAUGAGUUUGGGAUGUGGCUGGAACCAGUUCUGCAGAAACUGAACUUUGGAGUGGGGCACUUCCUGCAAAAGAUUAAAGAGAAUCAUGAAAAGAGAUUGCUCCAAGCAGAGGCUGAGAAAGAAAGCAUCGAAGCCGAUCUGUCCUCGAUGUUCCCUAAGCUGGACUCCAUGGUGUGUCGGGAACUAUCUGUAUCAGACACCGAAGUCUCUGAAGUAACGUGGACCGAUAACGGCACCUUUAACUUAUCAGAAGGACACACACCUCAGACAGAGAACUCGGAGGAUUUAGAUCGUCGCAGCGAGGAGGAGGUGUUCUCCGGUGGCCUAACUGAAUUUCCUUCCCUGGAUAAUGGCGCAGGGACUAACGGGGAUGAUGAGGACUUGAGUAUCGGGCUGCCCACCGCGUCUAUCACCCAGCACAGGGAAGCUCGAGGGACAGGUGUGGGGGAUGAGGCUGCAGUGACUCAAGCUUUGGGACUUCUACAGAGGACGGCCGAGAACGCCAUCACAGCCGCAGUCACUGCUGCCAUACAAGAGCGGCUGGAGUCAGCGAUUGCUGAGAAUACAGACAGCGAGGCUGAGGACUUUGAGCUGCUGGACCAGUCUGAGCUUGAACAUCUGGAGGGCGAGCUGGGUCUGGAGAAAGCGAGUGGUGAGCCUCAGUCCAAAGAUGCCAAAAAUGCUGGCUUUUUCUCCAAACUGCUUGGGCACCAGUAAUGACAUAAUGUUUGCAAUGGGGCAGAAGCGUGAAUAGAAAACAGUCCUAGAGAAUGGGGAAGGUCCAGAUUAAUGACGGUAUUCCAUCAUUGUUGUUUUUUUUUUUUUUUUUUUUUUUUUUUUAAAUGUCAGAAUGUUUCAAUUAAACCACCUUGCAGUAAAUUCCAAAUACAUAGAGGAAGGAUGCUUCCUGUACAGUGACGUACAAAGGUGGGAAUGAGGGUUCGAUAUUUUCGCUUUCUUUGAUAUCUUCUUCAUUUACCCAACUUAAAGUGGUUUCAGACCUGGUCCCCAUUUUAAAAUAAAUUCUAUAAAAACUUUUGUCAUUUAUCAUUUGUUGUCAUUUGUGAUCUAAAACAUUUGUUUGUGCUUUUUUUGGUUUUUGAGAAAUUAUAAUGGCUAUAUUUCAAUGUAAAACUACGGCCAAGAGUGACGUUGCAAUACAUUAAACCCCAGUCAACUCAAACCAAAUCAGUAUCUAAACAAAUUAGUGUCAAAUGUUUGUACUAUACAAACAGUUUUUGCCUGAUUUUGUUUAUAUAUUACACAUUCAAUUCACAGUGACAUCACUCUCAGACAUAAUACUAUAAUAUCUCAAAAACCAAAACACCAACAUAAAUAAUUUUUCACAGCAUAAACCAGUUCAACCUGUGAAAUGAUUUCAUUUCUUUUUAUAUGGGGUGCCAACUUAACAGAGGAUAGUUUCAGUUAUUAGAGGGCGAUUCUCUUUAUGUAGCUGCCAAACGAACUUGUUAUUAAAGUUAGUGAGUGAUGUGCAGAUCAUCUCCUCUCAGCGCCUUCUUUCCUGAUAAUAUACACGGCCAAAGAGACAAGGCCUCUCACAAAAUCAGUAGGGGUUCCACAUGAAUAACUAUAAUGUAACCAAAAAAUUUUAUUCAUCUGUAACUCAAGCAGAUAGUUAUGUUGCCUAUUUUGUUUUUUUUUUAGGCUUUGUAUUUUUUUUUUUUUUUAAUUAAGCAUUGUUUUGGACCUGGAUGUCUCAAUACAAGACUUUGCAUGAAUAACCCUUUUAUUUGUAUUUGCACCUUAUUUAUAGAGCCAUGCGACUAGGCAUCAGAGCACGCUGACAAUGAGCUGAACUCAUUUGAGUUAAAAAAAUAAAAAAUACUAUUUGCCCACAUCUAUCUAUCUAUCUAUCUAUCUAUCUCUCUAUCUAUCUACAAUGUGUGUGUGUGUGUGUGUGUAUGUAUGUGUGUGU